AUGCAUAAUGUCAGGCAAGAGUAUCACGAAAGAUGGUACCAUGAGAUAAUAGAGAUAUGUUGUCUCAAUCAUGAUUUUAAAAACCUUCCGGGUGGUGACCAGACACAAAUUGGCAGUAAGGGGCUCAAUUUAUCUGGAGGACAGAGACAGCGCGUGAGCCUCGCACGUGCAUUGUUUGCAAGAUGCGAUAUACUCCUUCUUGAUGACACAUUCAGUGGUCUGGAUGGUGAGACAGAGCAGACUAUCUUCGACAAUCUUUUCGGUUCCUCAGGUGUAGUCAGGCGGCUGAAUACCACUGUGAUCCUUGUUUCCAAUUCAACCCACUACUUCCAUGCAGCGGACCAUAUUGUGGUUCUCAAAGAUCGUGAAAUCCUUGAUCAAGGCAAUUGGCAGAACAUCCAGUACAAAGCCACAUCCAAAGCAAAGUUUUCUUCCAGUUCUCGUGGCAAAGACAGCAUUAUCCUAUUGGCAAACACUGAGAAGCUCAACAGUCAGUUGAGAUCAAAAUAUGAGGCUGAAAUAGACCUUGCAAGACGGACUGGAGAUCCUGCAUUAUACAGGUACUACUUUGGUUACAUUGGUUCGAGAAAUCUUUUACUUCUUAUAGCUUGCACCAUGUCAUACUCUUUCUUCAUUGCAUUCCCUCAGUACUGGCUGCGGUUGUGGACGGAGCUCGGUGGUAGAGACCCCGUGUUCUACGCAUGUGGAUUCCUCUUCCUCUCAAUCAUGUCGUGGGCUUCCACCAGCACUCAGAUGUGGUCUGUUCUUAUUCGACUUGCUCCACAAUCGGGGUCGAAGUUACAUGAGCGUCUUCUAUACAUCGUGGCAAGGGCACCCUUAUCCUACUUUUCGAAGACCGAUGUUGGCUCGAUCCUGAACAGAUUCAGUCAAGACAUGCAGCUUAUCGACAAGCAAUUACCAUCGGCCCUUCAGACUGUUGUGACUCAAAUCUGCAAGCUCCUCAUGCAGACAAUACUUCUUUGUGUUACCGAAAGGUGGCUCAUAGUAUCUUUACCGGCCUGUAUACUUGUGGUCUUUGUAGUGCAAAAAACCUAUCUCCGGACGUCGAGGCAACUUCGAUUUUUGGAACUGGAGUCCCGUGCUGGGGUAUUUUCGAACUUCUUGGAAAGUGUUGAAGGCAUCGAGACUAUAAGAUCGUUCGGCUGGUCCAAGGCUAUGAUAGAAGAGAACAUUCUAAGUGUCGAGAACUCGCAACGUCCAGAAUUUCUUCUCUUGUGUCUUCAAAGAUGGCUCAAUAUCGUCUUGGAUCUCUUAGCUGCUGUGAUAGCAACAAGUACAGUUGCUAUAGCAGCGGCAUAUAGGACGCAUAUCACUGGUGCGCAAGUUGGGAUUGCGCUCAAUAUCAUGCUUGUAGCCAACACGACAUUGUUGAGACUUGUGGAGAACUGGACCGUGCUGGAGACAUCCCUUGGUGCUCUUUCUCGAUUGAAGACUCUCGAGGAGGUGACGCCGUCUGAGGGUGGAACUGCCGAAACUUUAGAACCGCCUGCGAACUGGCCUUCAAGGGGUAACAUCGAGUUUAAGAAUAUUACUGCGUCAUAUCAGUCUAGGUCUGUUGCUCUACGGAAUUUGUCUCUAAAUAUUCCUGCUGGUCAGAAACUUGUUGUGUGCGGACGUACAGGCAGUGGUAAAAGUACAUUACUAUUGACACUACUACGUCUAUUGGAGCUACAAUCCGGCAAGAUAGAGCUAGACGGUAUUGAUAUCAGGAGCAUGAGACUGGAUCUGCUACGGCAACGGUGCUUUAUCACAGUAUCUCAAGAUCCUUUACUCCUGCCCAACGAGACCUUGCGUUUCAACUUAGACCUGGAUUGUUCAGUGCCAGAUGAUGCCCUUGUUGAUGCAUUAACGGACGCCGGCUUGUGGUCACAUUUCUACGAAGGGAGCAGACAGUUGGAUGGAGAGGGAGCUACUAUCGUCGAUAUUUCAGACUCUGACGAUAAUCAUCCGAUUCUGAAUCAGCUUUCGAUAGGACAGUGCCAACUGUUCGCAAUAUGCCGGGCAGUUCUCAAAGCUAAGCUCUUGCUGCAAUAUGGAGUGAAGCCCGUUAUUAUCUUGGACGAGGUCACAUCAUCUCUUGAUAUCGAAACAGAAUCGACUGUUUAUCGUAUUGUUGACAGCGAGUUUACCAAACACGGUCAUACCGUUAUCGUCGUUGCUCACAGAGUUGGUGCUUUGGAAGAGUAUUUCGAAACUGGGAGAGAUGCAGUGGCAUUGAUAGUAGACGGGAGACUACAGGGGAUUAUGGAUAAGAUAAAGCUAACCACACUCCAGCACCUUGAGUAG